CGCAGCGAUCUGUUUACAUAUUGUUGUUAAUAUUAAACAUAUAUUUUGUUGAAUAUGGGAAUCAAUUCAUGUAAAUCUAAAUAUAAAAUUAAAGAAAAGAAAAUCGACCAAAUAUCUUAUAACGAUUUACAACGUAAACAGCUGACAAGAAGUGAAAAGUAUGAUUUUUUUCUGGCAAUUAGAGACAAACCUGAGGAUGAAGUUUUUCAGACAAUGCAUACAAAUCCAUGGAUGUUUUCCUGCAUGUUUUGGUUCGAAACAUUUAAAGAGGAAGGACAUGACGGAUACUCAAAGCAAAGGGAAUGUUCUUGUUCGAGCGACCUGGAAUUUGCAUGGAAUCAAAAUGUCGCAUUUAAGGAAAUAAAUGAAAGGUUGGAACUAAGUAUUCGUUAUGGAAAGUGUCCACAUGUUUUGAUGCAGCUUUGUGGCAUAUCUGUGAAAUAUGAUGAGGAAUUUGUAACAGCAGAACUGUAUAAAUAUACUCAACAGUUGGAAGACAGCAAUCCUUUGCGUAAUGCCACGAAGAGCACUGCUGGUUUGUAUUGGAUUCAUUUGGCAGUAUUAUUUAGAAAAGAAAAACUAAUACAAUAUUGUUUUGAAUGUCCGUAUAUAAAAAUUCCGAAUCAUCUGUUGAUCUCUUUAAAACACAAAAUUUCACCAGUUUUAUUGGCCGUCGCACAUCAACUACCCGAUUUAGCAAACUCUAUAGCAACAUUUCAUCCAAGUUUAAUGUGGUAUGUUCCUGAAAACAUCGACGUUUUCGGCCAAAAUAGUGAAGACGAUAUCAAAAUCAAUGGUUUAACAUGGACUACGAAACAGAAGUAUUAUUAUGGCACUUUCAUGGAUUUUUUCGAUAGUGAAAACAAUAUCGACCAUGUCAAUAUCAAUGCUAUAACAUGGGCAAUGAAAUAUAAGCAUUAUGACACAUUGAUAGAUUUGUUAAACCUAGUCGACAAUCAUCGUUUGGAAGGGGGAGAUGUUUCGACAAUAUGGAUCCAUGAUAUAAAAAAUGCAAUUCUAUGUGGCAAUGACAGAGAUAUCAACUCACUUGCACGUGUGAGGGGUGUGGAUUUUUAUAAAUAUCACACUCUGAUAGGAUUCUUGCUGAAAUCAGGAAGGAGUAAAGAGCUGAGAAUCAUUCUGAAGAAAACAGAUUUCCUUGCCCAAUUUAUCAAUACAAAACCGAAAGAACGUAUAAGGUUUUUAAUGGCUGAAGUUGUAGCCGCUGCUGCAUUUGGAGGAAACGUCACUAACCUUUCUCUUCUAAUCGAAUUCGGCUUUGAAAUUAAGGCAAAAUAUUUGGGAAUUAGCUUGCUUUCUUGGAUUGAGAGUUUAAACAUGCACGAAAUUUCAGAGAGAUUGUCAGAGGCAGGGGUACCCAACAAAAAGUUUAAGAUGAAAAAAAAAUCUAUGAUUGAUUUAGCAAUAGGUUUCGUUGGACACCCAUGGACCGAUAUGAUUGACAAGGUUCGUGUCAUACAUCUUUUGUAUGAAAAUGGACACGUGCUAUUUGAUUCCAAUACCUGUCUGACUCACACGUGGAACAAUAGAGAUGACCGCCUUAUGAAAUACUUUCUUCUACGAGGAGAAAACCCUCAAGAAACUUUCGAUUCCCUUCAACAUGACUAUUAUGCAGCCAGCAGAGGUUGCCGCUUAUUUUUUUAUUUGGUUGUGACAUCGAAUUCAGUUUUGUCAGUGAAGCAUUGGUGGACAACCUGCAGGCUUUUAAACUAUUACGAAGUUUUGGAAAUACUUCCUGACAUUAUGGAUCUUUCAUCAGUCCAAGAUAUUGUAACAGAAGCGACAAUGGAAUGGUUAGAAAUAGAAAAGAUUCCACAUACUCCACCGGACAAACAUAUUCAAUGGUAUCGACAUGUAAGGUCGUUACAGAAAAUAUGCAGGAGAGUCUUGUGUUCACAUUAUAAAGGAUUCAAAUAUAUUAAAUUUCUAAAAUAUAACGAAAAAUCUAUUCCGUCCUCCAUUUUAUCAUUUUUGAAGAAAAACGAUGUUCUACAAAAAAUUCUCAGUGAUUCACUACGUGAAGAAUACGAUGAAUCAGUGCUCGGUGUAGAUGAAUAUUUGCAAUAAACACAUAAAUGAAUUAAAU